CUCGAUCGAGGGGCACUUGAUAUAAAAAAGCUAGAAUAGUACAAUUAUAUACGGAGUAUCAAUCUAAAUAAGUUAUAGAUCAGUGAAAACACAAUUCCGGGUUCCAUUAUUCUGUCCCACAAAAAGGGCUCCAAUACUGCAAUAACAAAUGAAUAACCUUAGCUUAGCUUGACGGAAAUCAGAAGGAGCUGCAUGGACGUGCAUGCAGCUAUUCUUGUGGGGGUGAAAAUAUGGGGACAAGUGGCGGCGCCGGUGCAGAGAAAUCUGGCGGCACGAAGUCCGGAACCGGCGGCGAAAUUGAAAAGAAUGGCGGCGGGUCAGUGAACACGGGGACAAGCGGCGGAGGCGGCGUCACCGGUAAGCGCGGGAUGGUUGGAGCUACCCACGGGAAGACGGGGUUUGGCUGGUUGUGCGGCGGUGGGGAGACGAGCAGAGGUGGCGGAAAGAUGAUUGUCUGCGGCGGCACUGGUAAGCGCGGGAUGGUUGGAGCUACCCACGGGAAGACAGGUUUAUUUGGUCGGUUGUGUGGCGGUGGGGUGAGGACAAGUGGUGGCGGAAAGAUUAUUGUGGGCGGCGGAGGAGGCAGGUGAAAAAAUGGCGGCGGAGGCGAUGGAAUAAGAGGUAAGAGCGGCGAGCGACAUGGCCUGAACCUGGCGCCGCCAAUAAUGCCACGGCGGCGGCACCUUCUUCUGCCAAUCACUCCGCCGAAGACGGUGAUCCGUCUAUUCUUUUCUGGUUUAUCAUCUCUUUUUGUGGUGGUAAUAAGGUGAUGAAUAUGCUUUGGGUGAGAUCGAGCAGCUUCGGCUUGCAGUAAGGCUGCUGUGAUUAGCAAGAGUAGUGCUAAUAAUAAAACCACUCCAACUAUACUCCCUCUCUUCUCCAUAACUCCUACUACUAUACCUUCUUCAUUACGACUGGCCUGGCACACAAAUAUAUACUCC